AUGAAGAGGGAAUACGGCACUACGGCCAAGAGGCGCUCCAUAAGGAGUUCCCUGAGAAAACUCGUCCGGUUGGCUUCAAGCAUCCGGCCUUCCAGUGUCCCGAUAUGAAGCCUUCCCUUUCAGCGCCUUCCUCAGUGGAGCUGGUGAAGGCCGGGGACAUCAAGGUCGUUGCCGCCCUGGGCGAUUCUCUCACGACGGCCAUCGGCGCCAACGCCACCACCGUCCUGGGCAUUCCCAUCGAGUUCCGCCACGUUUCCUGGAGCAUCGGCGGUUUCGGCUCGUACGAGGACGUCAUCACUCUGCCCAACAUCAUCAAACUUUUCAAUCCCAACCUGUUGGGCGCCGCCCAGGGGAAGACGCUUCACGGCAUGGAGGGCCACCUGGGCCAGACGGGCCUCAACCUGGCUGUGACGGGACAAAACACCUUCAAUCUUCCCGGCCAGACGAGACAUCUGAUUGACACCCUCAGAGUUUAUGAUGUAAGAAAGGGUUUGAACUUCGAGAAGGACUGGAAGCUUCUGACCAUUCUCAUGGGCAUGAACGACAUCUGCGACUAUUGCAAAGACAAAGCUCUCUUCUCCGCCGAGAACUUCGUCCACUACAUGACCGUCUCCUUGGAAAUGCUCAUGGAUGAGGUCCCCCGCAUGAUCGUCAACGUGGUGCAGAUCCUCCCCAUGCAGACGCUGAGGGAGGUCCACAAGCCCACGCCGGGCUGCCUUCUCCAGCGCUCCUUCUGCUCGUGCCUGAUCGAACCCGUGAGUCGCUCGGCUGAGCUGCGCGAGCUGGUGGAAAUCAAUCUGGAAUUUCAGAGAAAAUUGGAGGCCUUGCUGCUCGCCGAUCGCUUCUUCAGGGACGACUUUGCGGUGGUCCUGCAGCCGUUCUUGAAACAAGCCGACCCUCCCCGCCUUCCCAACGGCAAGAUCGACAUGAGCUACUUCACUCAUGACUGCUUCCACUUCACCAUCAAAGGCCACGAGGAGCUGGCCAAGGGCCUGUGGAACAACAUGUUUCAGCCCGAGGAAGGAAAGACGGUGGUGGGCAGCUUUUCAGACCCCAUCGCGCUCGUCUGUCCACCCACGGAGCACCCGUACAUCUUCACGCGGCCCCCCUCGGCCCGGUCCGCGGAGGGUUCCGGACCCCGCGUCACGCCAGCGGCGCCGGUCUACUACCUGCUGUCGGCCGUGGCGGCGUUCGGGAGUCGCGCUCUUUUGUAGGGACUUUCUCCGACGUUUGUUUUUCGCGAUGUGACGGAGAGAAAUGAAGCGAGUGCGACCGGGACGGAGGGGGGAUUUUUUUCUUUUUGAAUUGCGCUUCAUAUUUUUUUAACGCGACCUUUUAAUGUUUUUAAAUUUUGUUUGUCUUGUAAAGACUCUGUGGAAACAAAUAUAUUGUAUUUAUAAAACUCUAUUACCUUGACUUAUUUAUUUGAAAUGAACACAUAUAUGGAGGCGGGGGAGGGGGGGGUAACAUGUUUUAACCCCAAUUUUUUUCCUAAUAAUCUGCAGUGAUAAUAAUAUUAAAAAAAUGACUAUAAAUAAUAAAUAUGAAUACAGAUCAAUUCGAGGUAUCAUAGAUACAGUUCAUAUAUGGUGACUAUUAAAUAAAAGAUGAGCU